AUGCGGGAUCCCUUCCCGUUCCCCCCGAUUCCGGCUCUGGCCAAAGCCAGCCAGCCUUGGGCUGAUCGUCUGUCCUUCCCGACCCUGCCGCUCCAUAUCCACGAAGUCAUUGGCGCCGCCGCCUUCUACACCUUCGUCCACGUCGUCGUCUCGCCCUUGGUGUCCAACCUCUUCUUCUCCAAGUACUACCCCAAGCACUCGCGCUCCAAGAAGGCCAACUGGGACACUCACGUCGUCUCGCUCGUCCAGAGCACCCUCAUCAACGCCCUGGCACUAUGGGUUAUGUACGCCGACAAGGAGCGCUCUGCCAUGGACUUUGAGCAGCGCGUCUGGGGAUACACGGGUGCCUCGGGCAUGAUCCAGGCUCUGGCCUGCGGCUACUUUGUCUGGGACCUGGGCGUCACGCUGCUGAACUUCGAUAUCUUCGGGUUCGGCCUGCUCGCCCAUGCUGUCAGCGCUCUUGUGGUUUACUCGUUUGGAUUUAGACCCUUCCUCAACUUCUACUCCACGACCUUCAUCCUCUACGAGCUCUCGACCCCCUUCCUCAACAUCCACUGGUUCUGCGACAAGCUCAACAUGACCGGAUCCCGCGUGCAGCUCUACAAUGGCGUCGCCCUCCUCGUCACCUUCUUCUCCUGUCGUCUGAUCUGGGGCACCUGGCAAUCCGCCGUCGUCUACAAGGACAUGUGGCAAGCUGUGCACCACGCGCCCUCGCCCGAAUACAUCCAGUCCUACUACAACACCACUUCUUCCAUCAUCGACGCCGAGAACGUGAUGCUCUUCGCCGCCAAGCCCGAGCCCGUGCCAAAGUGGCUUGCUGGGCUUUAUGUCGCUAGCAACCUGACGCUCAACACGCUCAACUGGUACUGGUUCUUCAAGAUGGUCUCGGCGGUGCGCAAGAGGUUUGUGCCCAAAGAGGAGAUGGAGACGACCAAGAAGGAGAAGUUGGAAACUGUCGGUUCUUCUGCGGAGAAGGAGGCCGCCAGGUCUACUGGGACUGAACAACCCAAGCGUCCCGUCGCCAUCAACAAGUCCCGUCGCACAAACUCCAUCGAAGAUCUCGUCCCAGACAACGAGGAGCUCCGCGAGGGAACAAUCCACAGAAGGGGCGCGGCUACUACCCACAGCAGUAGUGCCAGCGAGAAUGAUGACGACAACGACGACGACGACGACGACGACGAUCCGGCCACUCCGGCGCUGAGACGUGUCAUCGAGGCAUUGGCCGCUGCAAAUGGCGGAAACCCGCUGGAGAUGUUACCGUUGAUUCCGCGUCCAGAAGAGAGGUCUUUAAGGGAUGUGAUGCCGUGGAUGUAUGUUGAUGUCAAAAUGAAGUCGCCGAAGAAAAGACUAUGGAAGGCGUGGUGGAACUCGUCAAUGUGA